GAGUCCUGCAUGUAAGCAUGAGGAGAGCAGACAGUUUCCUGGCAUCUCACUUAAAGUGCUUACUGUCUGAGAUACUUUACCUGGGAACCUGAGUGUUCCUUCCACAGCGCCUCCUGCCAAGGCCUGUUUACUAAGAAUUACUGGGGGUAACUCCACGGUUGCCAGGCAACGGGAAGUAGUGUUCCUGCCAUUUGAACCAAUUGUCAAACCGAAGGUUUGAGCAGUCGUCUCUUUGAAAUGCAAUAAAUAACAACAACAACUCAACUUACCUAUCAAUAACAAUUACACGGUAUUGUGUGUAUAUAUAUGUAUAUGCGCCAAGUUAUCUAUCUAUAGUAUCGGAAAGAGCACAGACAUUUGCUAGGAAAAGGGUCACGCAGGACAGAUGGUGAUAUGUUUUUAAUCAGCUUUGCUGAGAGCUAAAAGGAGCUGCGUGAAAUGGACAAUCGGGGUGUUAACCACUUCCCACGUGUCUGCGGCUGGUUAUGAGACGGGCGACACCCUCAGGAUUUCAAAUUAAGAUGAAAUGCUGCGUCAUCUCUAAACCAGGCUACCCAAGGGCAUUGCCACUGAUGCAGUCAUCAUUACUUAUUUAGGGAUGCCUUAUCAAGAGGAGACCUUCCUGUAAACAUGAUUUGCCUGGCUCUUCCCUUGCACUGUGGUUUCUUGUUCCAUGCCAUUGAAACAUUCAUAAUGGCUCAUUAUACAUCUUUACCCCUGGCCAGCUCUCAGGGGCACUUCCCAAGACUUGAAAACGUGGGUUCUUUCAAAAACAUUUCCAUUGUGCCAACCCAGGCUACCUGUGGGCUGCCAGACCGGAGUGCUUUUUGUCAAAGCUCUGCUGCUGUCGAAAGUAUCCUCUCCUGUACCCAGCAGUUUUGCAUUCAGGAGUGCCCAUACAGAUCAUCACCUGCCCCUUAUGCUGCCAUGCUCUCAAAAGGUCAGGGUGCCUGCAUCACAAAAGACAAGAAUGACCUGCAUCCUGGAUCACUGAGCAACUCAUCAAGCUUUAUUUUUCAUAACCUAAAGGGUUGCUUUUCCACUCCCCACGCUCGGAAGCUUGGGGCAUCAUUUACCUUAAUAGUGUGGUUGAAACCUGAGAAAGAAGGUGUAAUGUGUAUGGUGGAGAAAGCUGUUGAUGGGCAGACUGUGUUCAAGCUUACAGUCUCUGAGAAAGAGACCAUGUUUUAUUAUCGCACUGCAAAUGGGCUGCAGCCACCGAUAAAAGUAAUGACACUGGGGAGAAUUCUUGUGAAGGAAUGGAAUCAUCUUAGCGUGCAGGUUCACCACAGAAGAAUCAAUUUCUUUAUAAAUGGUUUGGAAGAUGACAACACAGCUUUUGACUCCAGAAUUCUUGCUGGGUUAAUUGCAGAUCCCUCUGCUGAUGGCGAAUGGCGAAUUGGGCAAAAUUUAAAUGGUUCAGAGCAAUUUGUUGGGAGGAUGCAAGAUUUUAGAUUGUACCAAGUGGCGCUUACAAACAGAGACAUUUUUGAAGUAUGGUCUGGAAAAUUUCCUCAACUUCACAGUCAGUCAGAAUGUCGCUGUCCUGGAAGUCAUCCCAGGGUACACCCUUUGGUGCAAAGGUACUGCAUCCCUAAUGGUGCUGAUGAUACGACUAAUGACAGGGUGCUCAGACUAAACCCCGAAGCUCAUCCUUUGAGCUACAUCAAUGAUAAUGAUAUUGGAACUUCGUGGAUUUCAUCUGUCUUUAGCACCACUGAACAACUCAACAGAGGGAUAGCCAUUACAAUAGACUUAGAAAAUGGACAGUACCAGGUGUUUUACAUUAUCCUUCAGUUCUUCAGCCCACAGCCCGAAGCAAUACGAAUACAAAGGAAAAAGCAGCGUGACUCUGACUGGCAAGACUGGCAGUACUUUGCAAGGGAUUGCAGUACAUUUGGAAUGGAGAACAACGAGUCCCUAGAAUAUCCUGACUCUGUGAACUGCCUCCAACUUCCUAGCAUUACUCCAUAUUCCCAUGGAAAUGUUACUUUCAGCGUUCUCACACCAGAACCAAAUCGUCGGCCAGGAUACAAUGACUUCUACAACACCCCAGCACUUCAGGAGUUUGUCAAAGCUUCGGCAGUAAAGAUUCAUCUACUUGGCCAAUAUCAUACUGCUGUACCUUCAGUUAACUUUAGACACAGAUACUAUGGAGUUGACGAAAUUACUGUCAGUGGGAGGUGUAAUUGUUUUGGCCACGCUGAUCGCUGUGACACAAGUAUUAACCCAUACAGAUGUCUUUGCUCCAAGGAAAGCUAUACAGAAGGCAACAACUGCGAUCACUGUUGGCCACUGUACAAUGACAAGCCUUUUCAUCCUGGAGAUCAAGUUCAUGCUUAUAAUUGCAAGCCUUGUCAAUGUUACGGCCAUGCAAUAAGCUGUCACUACAACAGGACAAUGGAUUCUUUUCCUAAUGAACACUAUAGAGGAGGUGGCGGAGUCUGUGAUAACUGUCAACAUAACACCACAGGAAGAAAUUGUGAGCUGUGCAAAGAUUUCUUUUAUCGGUAUGUAGAUGCAGAUCUCUCAUCCGUGGAUGUUUGCAAUCCUUGCAAAUGCGACGUAGCAGGCACCAAAAACAGUAGCCACCAAUGCAAUAAGAUUGGAGGUCAGUGUAAUUGUAAGAGACAUGUGUCUGGCAGACAGUGCAAUCAGUGCCAGGAUGGAUUCUACAAUCUACAGCAGUCAGACCCUGAUGGCUGCAGCCCCUGUAACUGCAAUACCUCUGGGACAGUCAAUGGAGAUAUUACCUGUCACCAAAAUUCAGGCCAGUGCAAGUGUAAAGAAAAUGUUAUUGGUUUAAGAUGUGAUCACUGCAACUUUGGAUAUAAACUUCUUCAUACUUUAAAGAACGAUGGUUGUGAACCUUGCCAGUGUAAUAUCCAUGGGUCUGUGAACAAUUUCUGCAAUCCUUCUACUGGUCAAUGCAAUUGCAAGGAAAAUAUCAAAGGACUUCAUUGUGAUGCUUGCAUUGAUGGUUUUUACGGGCUGGAUGCUUUUGGAUGUAAGCCUUGUGACUGUCAAAUGGCAGGAUCUGUUUUUGGUACAGCGUGUGAUCAUUACACAGGGCAGUGUAUCUGCAAGCCUAACUUUGGGGAAAGGCGAUGUAGUGACUGUUUAGAUGGGUACUACCAAGUGCAGCAAAAUGAUUCCUUAGCCUGUCUACCCUGUAACUGUGAUAAGGCUGGUACAGUAAACGGCUCUUCGCUGUGUGACAAAUCAACGGGACAAUGUCCUUGCAAAGCUAGCGUCACAGGCCUUCGGUGCAGUCAGUGCAUGCCUCAUACGUACAAUCUCACUACUCAGAACUUUCUUGGCUGUGAGAUUUGUGACUGUGAUCCUCUGGGAACAGGACCAGGAACAGUUUGUGACCAGCUCAAUGGACAAUGUGUUUGUCUGCCUCAUCACCACGGAAGAAGGUGCAACGUGUGUAAACCAGGAUUUUAUGCUUCUCUGCGUGGUAUUAAUGGUUGCAUUCCCUGUUUAUGCCACCCAACUGGUUCAGUAGAAGAGGUUUGCAACAGUCUCACUGGCCAGUGCAUUUGCCAAGAUUCUUCUGUAGCUGGGAAGAGAUGUGACCACUGCAGGGACUACUAUUAUGGAUUUGACUCUGAAGCUGGGAGAUGUCAGCGUUGUAAUUGUCAUCCUGCAGGAGCCAUUAAUGGAACUUGUCAUCCUAUUACCGGACAAUGUGUGUGCAAACCAUUUGUAACUGGCUCAAAAUGUGACAACUGUGUUCCCAGUGCUAGUAAUUUGGACGUCCACAACCUAUUUGGCUGCAGUAAAACUCCUUCUCAGCAACCGCCGCCAGGAGGAGAAGUUGUAAAUUCUUCUGCUAUCAGACUUGUUUGGAAUCCACCCGAUUCUCCAAAUUCAAACUGGCUUGUGUAUAGGCUAUAUAGAAAUGGGAGUCAAAUCUAUAUGACAGAGGAUAACUACCCUUACCGCAUCCAGAUUUUCACAGAUACCUCUCUAUCUCCCUAUUCCUUCUAUUCAUAUCACCUUGAGGCCAGCAAUGUCCAUGGAUCUACAAGCAGUGCAGCCUUGACAUACAGAACACAGCCUGGGAUACCUGUAGGAAACUUGCAUUUAAACCCAGUUCUUCCUGUUGGACCACACUCUGUUUCAUUCAGCUGGACAAGCCUAUCAAACGACUCUGGUCCAAUAGAGAAAUAUGUAUUGACAUGCACUUCUUUACCUGACCUUCAGGCCUGUGACCAGUAUGAAGGCUUAGAAACCUCAACAACUGCCUGGAAUCUGAUUCCAUUUACAAAAUACAGCUUUUAUGUUCAAGCGUGUACCCGUGGAGGCUGUUUGCAGAGCAAGGAGGUGGCAAUAGUUACUGCACAGGCCCCACCUGAAGAGCAGCAUCCUCCGGUUGUACAAACUGUCAACUCUACGUCACUGGCUAUAGAAUGGAACCCACCCAAAAAAGCAAAUGGUAUAAUUAUUAGAUAUGAACUAUAUAUGAGAGGAACCCGACAGUCGGAUGGAACACAUAUUCCUCCUGAAAAUCGUGUUUUUGAAACAAGUGGGUGGUUCAGUCCUCACCCAGUGAUAGAAUCUGCCAAUGAGAAUGCUUUGAAACCACCUCUUACUAGCACCAACAUCACUGAUUUGGAGCCGUUCACAGUAUAUGAGUUCCGUGUUUUAUCAGUCAAUAUGGCCGGCAGCACAUUUUCUCGUUGGACGUCACAGAGAACAGCAGAGGCAGCUCCUGUAUUCAUGCCACCUCCAUCAGUAUUCCCUCUUUCACCAUAUUCUGUCAAUGUAUCUUGGGAAAAGCCACAAGAUAAUGAAGCAAGAGGAGAAGUGAUGGGGUACAGCGUCAAUCUAAUUACUGAACAAAAAGUAUUGCCAGUGUAUUCUCAGGUUUUGUAUGUUGCUGAAGCUGAUGAACAGUCCUACACAGUGGAAGGACUGGAACCAUACAGAAUUUACUAUUUUACCAUUACUCUCUGCAAUCAAGUUGGCUGUGUCAGCAGUGAGCCGGGAAUGGGGCAAACUUUAGCAGCAGCUCCAAGACAGCUAAUUGCCCCUUAUGCUGAAGGAAUAAACAGCACAGUGAUAAAGAUAAGUUGGAAGGAACCUAAAGAACUUAAUGGGCCUCCUCCAAUCUAUCAGCUUGAAAGAAUGGAUGCAUCUUUAGCAACAUCAAGUGUAACUGUAAUGAAAGGAAUCCGUUUUCCAGGAAAUGGGUAUUAUAAAUUUCCAAGUUCUACUCUGCCUGCCAACACAUAUUUUACAGGCAUUAAAGUGAGUUUCAGAACUAAGGAACUUGAUGGUCUAAUUCUUUUCUCCGUGUCACCUGGGAAUCAAGAGGAAUAUAUUGUACUUCAGUUGCAGAGGGGACGUCCUUACUUUCUCUUUGAUCCUCAGGGAUCUGCUGUUGCACUAACUCCUGAUAAUGAUGGUGGAAGACAAUAUAAUGAUAACAGUUGGCACCAUAUAAUUGCUGUAAGGAAUCAGGCUAUGGGAACAAUCACUGUGGAUGGGCAGUUCACAGGUUCCUCAUCAGCUGUCAGUGGUAGUACCAUUAUUGGAGAAAACACAGGAGUUUUUGUUGGAGGACUUCCACAGGGUUUUAAAAUCCUAAGAAAAGAUACAGGCGCCUCUAAAAUAGUUACAAGAGGAUUUGUGGGGUGUCUCCGAGAGGUGUCCUUGAAAAAGGUGCAUCACCCACAUGAAGUUUGGGAGCCUUUAGAAUGGAAGGAAGCAGUGGAGCAAAGAAAUGUUUAUCACAGCUGGGAAGGGUGUCCAGGCAUGCUUGCAAAUGGAGCACAUUUUCUUGGGAAAGGUUUCCUAGAACUUCACUCAAAUGUUUUACAUGCUGGUCCAGACAUGGAGAUCUCCUUUAUUUUUAAAACGGAUCAGCUGAAUGGAUUACUUCUGUUCAUUUACAACAAAGAAGGGCCAGAUUACAUUGCUGCAGAACUAAAAAGCGGAGUCUUGUCUUUUCUGCUAAGCAAUGGCAUUGUUUUGACACAUGUGAAUCUCUGGUUAGGCUUGUCCUAUUGCGAUGGAAAAUGGAAUGAAGUUAUUCUGAAGAAAGCAGGGUUGGUAGUUUCAGCAAGUGCAAAUGAAUUGAAAGAACAUGUGGUGGAACCUGGUUUAGAUCAGCUGUUUGUAAACUCUCCGGUCUACAUUGGAGGAAUCCCAGAUGAGGUCCAGAAUGUCUUUAAAAAGCUGGGAUUAGAACAAGGUUUUGGUGGCUGCAUGAAGGAUGUUAAAUUUACACGAGGUGCUGUCGUUAACUUGGCAUCUGUGUCCAGCAGUGCUGUCAGAGUCAAUCUGGAUGGAUGCCUAUCAACUGACAGUGCUGUUAACUGCAGGGGGAAUGACUCCAUCCUAGUGUACCGAGGAAAAGAAAGGAGUGUUUAUGAGAGUGGUCUACAGCCAUUUACAGAAUAUUUGUACCGGACAAUUGCUUCUAAUGAAGGAGGAACUGUAUCUAGUGCCUGGGAUCGUGGUCGCACAAGAGAAUCGGUCCCGCAAAACGUGCCAACACCCUCGCGAGCUCACAGCAUAAAUGGUUACAGCGCUGAGGUUACAUGGGACGAACCGGUUGGGGUCAAAGGUGUAAUUGAGAAGUACAUUCUAAAGGCGUCCAGCAAAGAUGAUCCCAGCAUACCUACUGUCAGAACGGAGAUCUUUAAUGCUAGUGCAUUCACAGGCACCCUGACAGGCUUGCAGCCCUUUGCAAAGUAUGCUGUAACCCUAACGGCCUGCACUUUGGCUGGCUGUACUGAGAGCUCGCAUGCCUUGAACAUCUCCACUCCACAAGAAGCUCCACAAAAUGUCCAGCCACCUACAGCGAUUUCAUUUCCCACAUCUCUGUUCCUGAGUUGGGCUCCACCAAAAACACCAAAUGGGAUUAUAACACAAUAUUAUUUAUACAUGGAUAAUCAGCUUAUUUAUACUGGAAAUGAAACAAAACAUAUUGUCAAAGAAUUACGAGUUUUUGCAGCGCACCAGUUUCUUGUCACUGCUUGCACAAUUGUUGGCUGUACAAACAGCUCCCAGGUCACCUUGUUUACAGCCCAGCUGCCACCAGCUCAUGUGGAUGCACCGGUCCUGACCGUUUUGGAUUCUAAAACAAUAUAUGCACAGUGGAAAGCACCAGAGGAUGUAAAUGGCAACCUGCAGCGCUAUAUCCUGUACAUUGCCAAUAAUGAGAAAAAUGCCACAGUUUAUGUCACCUAUAAUUCUACAGAUCUUUUCCAGCACUAUACCAUCCGACGCCUUUCCCCUGGUACUGAAUACUUCAUUAAGCUUGCAGCCUGCAGUGGAGGUGGCUGCACGAUAAGUGAAGCUAACUCAGCAACAACAACUGAGAGUACACCAGAAGGUGUUCCUGCUCCUGAAGCCCAGUCUUAUUCCUCUGACUCCUUUAAUAUCUCGUGGGUGAAGCCAGAGUAUCCGAAUGGAUUUAUCACCAGCUAUGCAUUGUACAUGGAUGACAUUCUUGUACAGAAUUCUUCCCAGCUCAGUUAUUUUACUUCUGGACUUUCUCCUUGGAGUCUACAUUCCUUCAGAGUUCAGGCAUGUACUGCAAAAGGCUGUGCACUAGGCCCACUGGUAGAGGCUCGUACCAGUGAAGAUGCACCUGAAGGAACAAUUGAAUUAUUUGUCUUUAAUGAUGGACCCAGAGCAGUUCAAGUGAAGUGGCUUCCUCCUCGUGAGCCAAAUGGGCAGAUAAGCUACACUGUUCUUUUCACUGGCUUCUUCUAUACUGAUGAAGCUAAUGGCAAUUAUACUAUUUUAAAUGGGACAAAAAUUUUGCAUACCAGCAAAGAAGCAAAUAUCUGGGUUCCUAUUGGAGGACUAAUUCCGUUUUCAAACUACACAGUUCAGGUGAAUGCUUCCAAUAGCCAAGGCUAUGUGAUGAGUGAUCCUGUGAUGACCACCACACCUCCUUCGGCUCCAGAUGGCAUGUUGCCUCCAAGGCUUUCAUCUGCCACACCGACCAGUCUUCAGGUUGUCUGGUCUACACCAGUUCGCAACAAUGCUCCAGGCUUACCCAGCUACCGACUCCAAAUGAGGCCUAAGCACUCCCCAGAAGAUAGACUAGAAUUGCUUUCUGAACCUUCAGCUUCAUUAACCCAUUUAGUCACAGAACUGCAGCCGUACACAUCAUAUGAAAUGAGGGUUAUCGCCUGCAAUGGAUACGGUGAUACAUACAGCAACUGGACUCUAAUGAUUACAGCAGAGGACAAACCAGGCCCUAUGGAUCCACCACUUCUAUUGAAUGUUAAAUCCAGAGAAGCAACUAUCUCCUGGCAGCAUCCAUCAAAGCCAAAUGGCAUCAUCACCCACUACAACAUUUACCCAAAUGGCCAGUUGCACACUACUAUUCCAGGAACCAGAUCUAAAUUCACUGUACAUUCCUUGCGCCCUUUCACAGUUUAUCACUUUCAAGUAGAAGGUUGUACUUCCAAAGGAUGCUCUCUUUCCCCCGAGACAGCGCCCAUAAAGACCCUUCCUGAUGCACCUGAAGAUAUCCCCGCUCCAGAGCUCUAUUCGGACACACCGACGUCUGUGCUAAUAUCAUGGCAGCUGCCUCUUCAUCCAAAUGGGCAGGUGGAAAACUUUAUAAUAGAAAGGAGAGUGAAGGGAACAGAACAAGUAUCCACAGUUGCCACCUUGCCCUUCAAUUAUUCAAGGAGUUUCCUGGACCAGAGUGCUGCCCUUAGCCCUUGGGUGAAAUAUGAAUACAGAUUAUUGGCAAGUACUUUCAAAGGAGGCAUUAAUAGUAGUGCAUGGGCAGAAGUUAUCACUAGGCCCUCGAGACCUGCGGGCAUCCAACCUCCUGAGGUGCAAGCAUUGGGACCAGAUAUCGCACAGGUUUCCUGGAAGGCUCCUUUCAUACUGAAUGGAGAAAUACUUAGUUAUGAGAUCCGCAUGCCAGACCCUCGAAUCACCCUUACCAGCAACUUAUCAUCUUCAAUGAACCACGUAGUAACCAAUCUGAUCCCUUUCACAAACUAUUCAGUCACCAUAGUGGCUUGCUCUGGUGGCGGUGGCUACAUUGGAGGAUGCACAGAAAGUCUGGCUACAUACGUGAUGACUCAUCCAACCCUCCCCCAGGGCAUUAGUCCAUUGUCUGUGACCCCAAUCAGUGAAUCAUUCAUUGCGGUUUCCUGGCAACCACCAUCCAGGCCCAAUGGGCCCCACAUAAGAUAUGAGCUCCUGAGACGUAAAAUCCAGCAGCCACUUGCAUCAAAUCCCCCUGAAGAUUUAAAUCUCUGGCACAAUAUUUACUCAGGAACUCAGUGGUUUUAUGAAGAUAAGGGUCUUAGCAGGUACACAACAUAUGAAUAUAAGACCAUAGUGCACAAUGAGGUUGGAUACACAUCAAGUGAAGAAGUGGUCGCUACAACAUUGGCGGGUUUUCCAAAGAAGGGAAGUAAUGUCACUGCACGACCUCUUAACCAUACUGCUAUAGAAGUGAAGUGGUCCACCCCAACCUUGCAAGAUGUUCAAGGAAAUAUUGAAUAUUAUGUCCUCUCCUGGAACACCUCUGGCCAUGACAACACCAGGAAGAUCCCCCCCAGUGAAAACCUAGCUGUCAUUGGAGAACUACAACCUAACACAGAGUAUUGGAUUUCGCUUCAAGUCUUCAAUGGGGUGCACAGCAUCACAAGUGAGGUGGUGCAUGUGAGUACAUCAGACGGAGAGCCGGAGGGCAUGUUCCCUCCAGAGGUUGCCAUCAUCAACAGUACAGCUGUACGUGUCAUCUGGACAUCGCCUUCAAACCCAAAUGGUGUUGUCACAGAGUAUUCUGUCUAUGUAAAUAAUAAGCGAUACAAGACUGGAAUGAAGGCACCCGGGUCUCUGCUUUUAGGAGAUUUGUCUCCAUUCACUGUUUAUGAUAUACAGGUUGAAGUCUGUACAGUGUACGCUUGUGUGAGAAGUAACGAAACACAAAUUACAACGGUGGAAGAUGAGCCAAAAGAGCUAUCGGCACCACGGAUUCACGUCCUCGGUCCACGGUCACUUCAGAUUAACUGGGCAUCACCAGGACAACCAAAUGGCAUCAUCCUAGGAUAUGAUCUGUUACGCAAAGCUCAGCGACGGUGCACCGUGCCACAGCAGCUAUCAAAACAUCAGGGUGGAAUGGCAUGUCUGUCCUUGCAAUGUGAUAUCCAUGAAAAUAUCUGUGGAGGCCUGUGCUAUAACCCACAGUUUAAGGUGUGUUGUAAUGGGAUUCUGCACAACAAUACAGCAGGUUUCCGGUGCUGUGAAGACAAAUACAUCCCAGUUAUGCAUAAUACAUCAGGUGUUUGCUGUGGCGGUCAGGUGCAUGCUGUGCAACCGGAGCAUCAGUGUUGUGGUGGCUAUUACACAAGAGUACUAGCAGGAGAAGUAUGCUGCCCAGAUGAAGAACAAAACUGGGCCUCUGUUGGGAUUGGGGAUUCCUGCUGCCGGGGAAUUCCUUAUUCCACAUCAGGGAACCAGAUAUGUUGCGGUGGAUCUCUCCAUGAUGGCUUCAGUCAGCAAUGUUGUGGGGGACAAAUAGUCAGCAAAGACCUGAUGUGUUGUGGUGAUGAAGAAAAGGGGGAAAUCCAUCUACCUAAUACAGGAAUGUUCUGUUGUGGACAUGAAUAUGUGAAUAUGUCAAGUACCAUAUGCUGCUCAGCUUCCAGUGGUGAGUCUAAAGCCCACAUUAAAGAGAAUGACCAAGUGCCAUUAAAAUGCUGUGAGGCUGAACUUAUUCCAAAGAGCGAGGAAUGUUGUAAUGGACUUGGAUAUAAUCCUUUGAAAUAUGUUUGCUCUGACAGGAUUUCAGCUGGAAUGAUGAUGAAGGUAAAAGAAGAAUGCAAAGCUAGCACUCUGUGCCCUAUAUCCAUGGAAGCAACAGCAUACUGUGGCCGAUGUGACUUCGACAAACAUGCUCACAUAUGUGCUUGGAUAAAGAGUUACUGGGAUAAUACAGAGAAGAACAGAGAUGGAGGCAUAUGCCCAACUUUGGAGGAGAAUGUCUACACUGGAGGUCCAACUCAAUAUUCAUUCACAGAUCUGAAACUAGAACCUCAUGUCACAUAUGAGUACAGGGUAGCCACAUGGAACAAAUACGGAAGAGGAUUAAGUGAAAUUGGCAGAGAUACUACUAAACAAGAUGUGCCUGAAGGUGUAAGUCCACCCCAGUGGACCAAAGUAGAUAACCGUGAAGACAUAAUAUUUCUAAGCUGGAAAGAACCUCGGCAGCCAAAUGGUAUCAUCAUUCAUUACAUUAUUCUCCGAAAUGGGAUUGAGCGUUUCAGAGGAAAGGAACUGAGUUUCACAGACACUGGUGGUAUUCAACCAUAUCAGGAAUAUUCAUAUCAACUGCGUGCAUGCACUGUUGCUGGUUGUGCGGACAGUAGCAAGGUAGUUGCAGUCACUGUCCAAGGAGUCCCAGAGACUGUUCAGCCACCAACAGUUACAGCUUUGAGUGCAGUGGCAUUGCGUUUGAGCUGGGUGGCACCCAGGAAGCCAAAUGGUAUCAUCCGAGAAUACCAGAUCAGUCAAAUGGGGAAAGGUCUUAUAUAUACUGACACUGCAGGCAAGAUGCAGCAUACAGUAUCAGAUCUUCAGCCUUACAGAAACUACAGCUUUACACUCACAGCAUGUACAUUUGCUGGAUGCACUUCUAGUCGGACAAGUUCGGGUAGAACACUGCAAGCUGCUCCUCAAGGGGUAUGGUCACAGCCUCGUCAUAUCACAGUUAGCUCUACAGUAGUUGAAUUAUAUUGGGAUGAACCACAGCAACUUAAUGGAAUUAUUUCUCAGUAUCGAUUGCUUUGUAAUGGAGAAGAGAGUUUCAAGGGUGGUAAAGAAAAUCUGAAUUUCACUGAUUCUGGCCUGCAACCAAAUAGCAGAUAUGUUUACCAGCUAGAAGCCAGCACAUGGGGUGGGAGCAAUACUAGUGGCAAAUACAUUAUCCAAACACCUGUGGCAACACCAGAGGAAAUCCGCACCCCAUAUAAUGUCACAACAAUUGAUGCACAUUCCAUAUUUGUAGCUUGGGAAAUUCCUGGAUCAUUUAAGACUAAUUUGCCUUUGAAGUACAACAUACUACUAAAUGCUGGCAGCACCUCUCCGCUUGUAAUACCAGUCGGCCAGCCUAACUUUGCUCUUUUGGAUGGUCUGGAUCCGUACACACAAUACGAGAUAAGGAUACAAGCCUGCCAGGAUGUUGGCUGUGGAGUUGGUGAACGGGCAUAUGCAAGGACGGCUGAAGCCCCUCCUAAGGAUUUGAGUCCCCCUGUCAUUGCAGCCACUGGAUCGGCAUCAAUAGAGGUGAAAUGGUCACCACCUAGAAAACCCAAUGGAAUAAUUAGAAACUACUUUGUUUACAGACGUCCAGUGGGUACUCGAGAGGAACUGCUUAUAUUCAUCUGGUCUGAAGGUGCUUUAGAAUUCAUUGAUGCUACAGAUGUCCUUCAGCCGUUCACGGAGUAUGAAUACCGCAUUAGGGCACAGAAUUCCAAGGGCUCUGUGGAUAGUCUGUGGUCUUCAACACAAACUCUAGAAGCCCCACCUUGGGGCAUGAAAGUUCCCUGGGGCCAAGCUUUAAGCGCUUACUCUGUGCUCCUAAAUUGGACCGAACCCACUUCUCCUAACGGUGCCAUUUCUCAAUAUCGUGUCGUCUAUCAAGAGAGACAGAGUGACCCAACAUUUAACACGCCAGCUGUUACUGCAUUAACUGUAUCGGGAACAACGCAUCAAACUCACUUGUUUGGUUUGAAGCCAUUCACAACUUACCAUAUUCAUGUUGUUGCUGUCAACAACGCUGGGCAAGUUUCAAGUCCAUGGACUUCCGUGCGCACCCUGGAAGCCCCCCCAAGUGGCCUGGCCAACUUUACCGUGGAAAAGAAGGAGAACGGCAGGGCGCUGUUGCUUAAAUGGGCAGAGCCUUCCAAGCCCAAUGGCAACAUUAAGACCUACAAUAUUUUCAACGAUGAUAACCUGGAAUACAGUGGUUUGUCUCGUCAGUUUCUCUUCAAGCGCCUAGAGCCUUUCACUCUCUACAUCCUAGUCCUUGAAGCUUGCACUGCAGCUGGCUGCAGCCGCUCUUCAUCCCAGCCAAUCUGGACGGACGAAGCCCCUCCUGAAUCUCAGCUGGCCCCUGUAAUCCAGUCAGUGAACGCGACUGGCAUUGGACUGAGCUGGUCUCCGCCAAUUAAUUCAAACGGAAAAAUAAUGCGCUAUGAAGUUAUUCAGAGACGCAGCAAAGGAAAUGCUUCGGGGAACAAUGCAACAACAGAAGAAGAGGAAAAUGUUUUCACCGAAUAUAACACUGGGAGCACUACAUUUGUAUACAGUGCUCAACAUUUGCAGCCAUGGACUAAGUAUGAAUAUAAGAUACGUGCCUGGAAUUCAGCCGGUUACGCUGACAGUUCAUGGUCUGCUGCAGAGACCAGUCAAGCUGCCCCAGUGGGCUUGGCUGCACCUGUCUUGAGAUAUAUCCCCAAAAGUCCAAACAAAAUUUGGAUCUUGUGGUCCUCCCCAGAAGAGCCCAAUGGCAUUUUGCAGUCUUAUAGGCUCCACAGAAAUAACGUUCCAUAUCCUUUUAGCUUUGAUGCUGCUACUUUCAACUAUACGGAUGAAGAGUUACUGCCAUAUACAGAUUACAACUAUGCAGUAACUGCUUGUACUAUGGGAGGCUGCUCCACCAGCAACCAUGCCAGUAUUCGGACACUCGAGGCAGCUCCAGCAUUCGUGAACCCUCCCACCCUAGAAGAUCUUGGUUCCACCCAAAUGAACAUAUCGUGGUUACCACCCCAGAUCCAAAAUGGAGAAAUCACAAAGUACAUUUUAAAAUUAAAUGGCGAAGAGCUCUAUGUUGGAAAAAGUUUAUUCAGAAAAGUGUUGAAUCUACAGCCUUAUACCAGGUAUGACAUCAUGCUAGUUGCUUGUACCAAUGGAGGAUGUACAGCUAGUGCACCCCAAUCUGUUUGGACGAUGGAGGCUGCACCACUUAAUAUAGAUGCCCCCAGCUUGCUAGUGACAGGUUCAGAAUCGAUUGAAAUCACGUGGAAGGCUCCUGCAAAUCCAAAUGGCAAAAUCCAAAGUUACGAGCUAAGGAGAGACGGGUUUCUGGUUUAUUUGGGGCUGGACACUCGUUAUCAUGACUUCAUGCUAACUCCAGGAAAAGAAUACAGCUACGCUGUUACUGCAAACAACAGCCAAGGAAGCGUCACCAGUGCUGUAGCCACAAGCAGAACUAAUCCCUCUGCCCCAUCUGGAAUGUCACCUCCUCGAUUGCAGGCAUGGUCCUCAGAGGCAAUUUUGGUUACUUGGGACCCACCAGCAAAAGUCAAUGGGGAUAUAGUCAGCUAUACAAUCACGCUGCGGGACCCUAUUGAAUCGGAGAAGAAAGCUGUUCAUCUGGAGUCAACACAUGUUUCCUUUGGGAGACGGUACUACACUUUCGCAGCAUUAAAACCCUAUCACAGGUAUGAAGUCCAAGUGCAAGCUUGCACACUCCUGGGCUGCACUUCCAGUGAAUGGGCUUCUCUACAGACCCUUGAAGCACCUCCUGAAAUCCAGCCAGCCCCACUCAUAGAUGUGCAGUCAAGCCAUGGUGGAAUCCAGUCUGUUCUUUCCAUUGUGUGGACAGGUCCAAAGCAACCAAAUGGAAAGAUCUUAUAUUACGAGCUUUACAGAAGACAAGUAACACUUGAGCAACUAAAUCAAGACCUGGUCCUUGUUUAUAAUGGUUCAUCCACAUCCUUCAAAGAUGCCACACUUCUGCCUUUUACUGAAUAUGAAUAUCAGGUUUGGUCGGUCAAUUCUGCAGGCCGGACUGCUAGCAGCUGGACCCAAUGUAAGACAGGCCCAGCCCCUCCUCAAGGACUUCAUGCACCUCUAUUUGAUACAGUGGCAUCUACUUCAGCUGUGGUGAAAAUCAGUCCUCCACUUAAGCCCAAUGGAAUAGUCAGUCUCUACAGGCUGUUCUCAAACAAUACAAAGGGAAAGGAUAUGGUGCUGUCAGAAGGAACAGCCACUCAACAAACCAUCCACGGCCUGAGGCCUUUUACCACUUAUUCUGUUGGGGUCGAAGCCUGUACCUGUUUCAGCUGCUGCAGCAAAGGACCCGUGGCACAUGUCACCACACAGCCAGCUCCACCCUCACAGCAGCCUCCUCCCUUCAUUCACAGCAUGACCUCAAGGAAUGCGUCUUUGCAGUGGGAUGCACCCCGGGAACCCAAUGGCAUUGUAAGAAGGUAUGAACUCCACAUGCACACAUCCUGCCCUUCCUAUUUGCAGCCAAGAGAAGCAGUUUGUAAACUUGGCCCUGUUGAAGUGAAAUACGCAGGAGAUGGCCAGCGCUCCAAUGUGAGUGAUCUACAGCCUUACACAACCUACAACCUGAGGGUGGUGUCUUACAAUUCAGUAGGAAGCACUGCUUCAGAAUGGAUCAGCUUCACAACCAAAAAAGAAGUACCUCAGUACGAAUCUCCAUUUACAGUUGUCAGCAAUUUAUCCACUCUCUACCUUGACUGGAGUCACACCUUCUCACUGAAUGGGCCGCUGAAGGAAUAUGUGCUAAUGGAGGGAGGGCAACGCAUCUACAGCGGCUUUGACACCACUCUGUAUCUGCCAAGGACAUCCGACAAAACCUAUUCUUUUCAGGUUUCUUGUACCACUGACCAAGGAAGUGCAGUAACACCUGUGAUCAAAUACAACACUGCUACAGGAAUCGAUAUCACAGGCCCUGCGUUAACAACCCCGGGAGAUAAGCACGAAGCAGAGGCAAAGCAGGCAACCUUCUACACAGAGCUGUGGUUUGUGGUCCUAAUGGCCAUCCUUGGCUUGAUCCUUUUAGCAGUCCUGCUGUCCCUGAUCCUGCAGAGGAAAAUAAGCAAGCAGCCGUAUGCACGGGAAAGGCCUCCUUUAGUCCCGCUUCAAAAGAGGAUGUCGCCGAUGAGUGUCUAUUCCCAAGGAGAGACGCACAUGGGAUUAGCAGAUACAAAAAUUCCAGCACCAGUGUCUCCUUUGAGUAUGCAUAGCAAUCAAAGUACUUCCGGCUUUCCAGUACCAAGCCAAAGCCAGAUGCAGCGUACAUAUUCCCAAGGUUCUCUACAUCGGAGUGUCAGUCAGCUUAUUGAUGUCUACGACAAAAAGUCCUUGAUAGAAGAUACCGUUUGGGAUACCAUUAUUCAUGGCCAUGACAGUGGUUUGUAUGUGGAUGAUGAAGAUCUUGUGAGCGCUAUAAAAGGCUUCAGUACUGUCACAAAAGAACAUACAACAUUUACGGACACACCUUUGUGAGUAGUUUUGCCACUGGUACGAUGGCAUAAGCAGAAGAAUAUGGAAGGUGUUUUUUCUUCAAGCCAUUCUGAACACACUUGCCUUGUUUAGUCAUUGUGAUGUAAUGUGCCUACCAAUAUGAAUUAUCUUGAUUUUUAAACUUUUUAAACAGCGUCAGUAUUACCAUAUAAUACUUGUGAUAAUGCAUUGCUAAGAAGGGUAAGAUUUCACCCUACAAUGAAGAUUUUACAGAGUAAAUUUUAUUUAUAUAGUAAAGUAUGUAUUAUAAAGUUUUAAAAAUGUGCACAACUGAGCCAGAAACCUUUAUAAACAUUUUAAGCUCCACUUACAAAAGUAUGAAGGGAAACCAUGGUUGGAUGAAAUGGUCCAUUUGUCAAAAAUGAGCCACUGAUUAUUUAUGCUACAACAUAUAUAAAAGUUUGCUUUGAACGUUUCAGUCAAAAUGUCUUUGUUUCAAAAAGAAAUCAGUAAAAAGUAAAUUGCGGUUGUUUCAUCCCAAACAUGAGAGUUUGGGAUUGUGUGAACUUGUCCUGAUACAACUAUUUUCUUCAGCCUACCACUUUUGGCACACCAACAGGAGAUAGGUCUUGACCUCCCUUGUCUGCAUCAUCCAUUAGCACCAUAGUUCUCCUACACCACUUCGGUUUGGUCCUGGGAUAUUCCAAAGUACAUGAUCAGGGAAGUAGAGUUUGAUAUUUAUACAGCUGUUGUGUAUGUUCUUUCUAAAAAAAAUGAUUACCGAAAUGACAGUUUAGUUUGACUCACUUGUACAGUGGAAUCUUGGCUCACUAAGAAUCCUAUUACAUACCAUGCCGAUUUCUUGCAUCUCCCUUAAAAUAUAUAAAUUUCCCACUACUGUCCUAGCAAAUCUUUCAUUAUAGUUCUUAUUCUGCAGUGGUUUGUUUCCCUAGCUAUGUGUUGAAAUAUUUCUGAUUGCCCUGAAUUGUAGACUGAAAUUACAAUUAUUUGUAGGUCAGUUCCAUACCUAGCACUGAGUCCUACUAAAUUCUUUGGGAUUUACCCCCAGAAAAGUAUAUAUAGGAUUGUAGCCUAAAUUGUUCCAUAGAACUGAUCUAGGAAGUUAGUGGUUUAGGUAUAAGCUACAUCACUUUGCAUCAUUUUUUUUAAAAGUUAUGUAUGUUCUGUGUCAAUAGCUAACUUUAGCCGUUGUCUGUAGCAGGUGGUCAUCUUAUCACUGUUUUGUUAGGCACAGGUUGAAACAAAGGUGUUAUGUAUCUAGUUUUGUGGGCUGGAUGCAAGGUGCUGCUAUCAUGCCACUGAUAAUAACAAAAUCCAUUCCCUGAAGCAGUAAGGCAGUUUUCAGUGCUACACUUAUCACAGGUGCAGAUAUGUCUUCUGUGGCAAGGGCAUAAACAUUUCAACCCUACACCAAAAUUGAAGAUUUGGCUUGGGAAGAACAAGAGUAGAACAUCAUUUCUAGUAGCAAACUGUUGUGUAUGUGCUACUGACAAUAAAACCUUUGCAGUUUUGUCUGUUGAUAAGAAAAAGGGAGUCACAUUUGAACUCAGUCCAAGUGCACUUCAAACCAUAAAGUCCCAAAGGACUGGGCCCACCAAAAUUUAUACAAGUACUCUGGUUAGAUGGUUUAUGAAAUGUAAUUUCAUUGUGUAUUUAGAGCUGGAUACUCUUUUUCCUGUGUUUAAUGUUACCUUUUGAAAUAGCAGAUAUUUUCUUUUCUGCCAAUAUACUUGCGGAGCAAAGGACAAAAUAUUAAGUUACUUUAAAAGCUGUCUUGUGUAUUUUUUUUUUUACAAAGAAAUGCAGUACAUUUCAUGAUAUCCCAAUUAAUAAAUGGU